CUGCUACGGUUGCUAACGACAUACCUAAACAUUAGUUAAAUUAUUAGUCAAUUAUCUUCCGUUCAUAAACGUCCGCUAAAUUUGAAUAUUGAAUAUUCUCGUUUAUCCAGCGUGAAGCGGCGGUUUGCACUCACAGGUGGUCACGACAGAUUUUUCAAUUUUUCGCAAUCAAAAACGAAAACUUAACAAAAUGAAGCAGUUUGUUGUUGUCGUAUUGUUGUUGUUGGCUGUUGUCGAACGUGGAAUCGAAGCGAAGCCAGGAUUCGAUAGAGUCCCAGAAAUAGCAGUCACUUCAUAUCUGUAUCACGACGAACUGCAUAGAGAUUAUCAUCUAAAAAAAGGAGUCGAUUUUGUUCAACAACAAAUAACUAAAACAUCGAAUUUGAACGAAAAUGUUGCAAAAAAUACAAUAUUAUUCCUGGGCGAUGGUAUGAGUAUACCAACAUUAGCUGCAACACGAGUUUAUGGAGUUGGAGGCGAAGAAAAGGCGCUUUCGUUCGAAAAUUUUCCACAUGUUGCAAUGUCAAAAACUUAUUGCGUUGACAUGCAGGUAGCCGAUUCAGCCUGUACAGCGACAGCCUAUUUGAAUGGAGUGAAGGCAAAUUAUGGAACGAUUGGCGUGAGUGCAAAGGUCCGGCGAACAGAUUGUACGGCCGGAACUGAAAAAGCAUAUCACACCGAAUCCAUUGCGAAAUGGGCAUUGAACGCCGGCAAAUCUAUUGGUCUCGUGACAACCACACGAGUAACUCACGCGAGCCCAGCAGGAGUUUACGCGCACACAGCUGAACGCGAUUGGGAGAAUGAUGCAGAAGUAUUAAAUGCAUACUGUAAUGAUCAAUUAGUUGAUGAUAUCGCAGAGCAAUUGGUUCAUGGCGAAGUUGGAAAGCAUUUGAAAGUGAUUUUCGGUGGUGGACGUAGAAAUUUUGUCGACAAAUCACAAAAAGAUGAAGAAGGUAAUCCGGGCAGUAGAACGGAUGGCAAAAAUUUGAUCAGCGAAUGGCUGAAUAAUCAGCACAAAAAUGAACAACGUAAAUACGUGUGGAAUAAACACGGUUUAUUAUCACUUCAACCGUCUGCAAAUGAAAGUGUGCUUGGUUUAUUUGCACCGAGUCAUUGUGAAUACAACCACUUGAUCGACGGUAUUUCCGAACAGAUUCCAACUUUAAAGGAAAUGACUAUGAAAGCCAUCGAAAUUUUACAAACAAAUCCAAAUGGUUUCUUUUUAUUUGUUGAAGGCGGUAGAAUUGAUCAUGGAUUGCAUGAUAAUACAGCACAUAUAGCAUUUGAAGAAACGGCCGAAUUCUCAAGAGCCAUAAAAUUGGCAACCAAAAUGCUUAGCACCGAUGACACGCUGUUCGUGGUGACUGCUGAUCAUUCACACACUUUAACACUUGGUGGCUAUCCGGAUCGAGGAAGUAAUAUUUUUGGCAUUGCUUCACAAGGAGAUGCCGACUUCUUGCCAUACAUGAAGCUCAGCUUUGCCAAUGGGCCUGCCUAUGAGCCGAAAAAUACUUCGCAACGCGAGGAUCCAACUAAGUUAGCGGCCAAAAUGAACAAUUACGAUUUCUUAUCACCCGUAACAGUUCCAAGAGACCAAGAGACGCAUGGGGGAGACGAUGUGGCGAUUUUUGCCAUGGGUCCGCAUGCACACUUGUUCACAGGCAGCAUGGAACAACACACAAUCCCACACUUUAUGGCGUAUGCGUCGUGUAUAGGCGACGGAAUCACAUAUUGUAAUAAAUCAAAAGGUUACGGCCUCAUUUAAAUCUCUUUAAGCGCCAUUCAUACACUAUAUUAAGCUCAGAAUUAUUUAUAGGAAAAAUGGAAUUGUGAAUUAUUUUAGAUUAUAAGGGAACAAAAAAAUAACGAUUUAUUUACAAUCGCAAAUUAAUGAUCAAGUCUGAAUGUAGAAUAUUUACUUAAGUUCAUUUGAAAUUGAAAUUGAUAGAACGAUUGAAAAACACAAAUUCUCAUUCCAAAAAAAAAAAA